AUGACGAAUGCUUAUAUCAUUUAUGCUGGGCCGUGGGCCCCGGCGGGCCGCCCUGGGCUCCGCCGGGAAGCCGCCACUCGGGGCGGCCGUCUGCGGUCCUCCUUGUCCGACGGCUCCGAUGCUGCCGACGAGGACCCCAGGUGCUUGAUCAGGAACCUUGACGACGGCAGAGAGUACGUGGUGAGGGAAGAAUUCGGUCUCCGCGAGGUCGGCACGGGGCUCCGCAGCAUCCGCUGCGCAGCUGGCUCCUUGGUCACCCACUCCCGUGACCGCCGCAGCAGAGACGAGAAGGACACGUCUUCAGAGAAAGGCGGCCAACACUCCAGCUCCGCGACGGAUGACAGCCAGGACAGUGUUCCACGCCAUGGCCCCGCCCGAGUCAAGGUGCGGCAGUACGGGAAGUCACAUAAGGAGCUCAGUGGCCUGUUUAUGACGCAGCAGAUACAUGCACACAAUGGUUCCAUCUGGAGCAUCAAAUUUAGUCCUGAUGGCCGUUACCUUGCGAGUGCCGGGGAGGAUUGCAUAAUUCAUGUUUGGGAAGUGUUGGAGUUCGAGAGGGCAGGGAAGGAGAGGGAGGUGAAGGAGAACGGGGUGUGCAAUCCACUUGUUGCUAUGGUGUGCAAUGAGUCAUCAGAGACGAUGGUGGCAUCAGCUGCUCCAAGUGGGAGCCAUUGGGAGAAGAAGCUGCGAUCAAAGGUACUGCACAGUGGGGGAUCAGUGAGCUCAGACAGGUUGAUGGUGCCUGAGUAUGUGUUUGCACUGUCCGAGAAGCCUGUGAUAACCUUUGCAGGGCAUUCAGAGGAUGUGCUUGAUCUCAGCUGGUCCAAAUCUCAGUGUAAAUGCAAAGUUCAGACUACAAUAGAAUGUGGAAUACCUGAAAUGACUUGCAUCCAGUUCAAUCCUGUUGAUGAUAGAUACUUCAUUAGUGGUUCCCUGGAUGAAAAGGUUCGUAUCUGGAGUAUUCCAAAGCGUGAAAUUGUUGAUUGGGUCGAUCUUCAUGAAAUAGUUACUGCUGCCUGCUAUACUCCAGAUGGAAAGGUUUGA